AUGGACGCCUUUGAGGAAUGGUUCAGAAGCAAUGGUGGUUAUCUGCAUCCGUCAAUUCAGCUGGCUCAGGAUGCUGAGCAAGGGUCACACUUCCAAGCCAGCGCUGUUAUUGAGCCUGGCACGCACGUUCUGACAGUGCCUCAUAAUUUGGCAAUGUCGAAUCUGAAUGCUCAGGUAGACGAUGACUUCCCUGUAUUUAGAACUCAUGCCCAACAGUUCACAGUCGAAGGGCUUAGCUUUUUCUAUCUGAUGGCACAGUGGCUCAACAAGGACAAGUCGUUCUGGAAACCUUACCUGGAUAUCCUACCCUCACCUGAACGAGGCUUUGAGACUCCGAUGUUCUAUGAUGAGGAUGAUCGUCAAUGGUUGGAAGGAACAGAUCUUUAUCCGACUCUGCUUGGUAGAGAGGCUGCCUGGACGAAGUAUUGGGAGGAUGGAGUACAGGUCAUGAAGUCCGCUGGCGUGGAUGUAACAAACUACACAUGUCAACACUGGACAGCCUAUAAACACGGUCCAAAUGGCACGCAAACCGUCCUCUUGAACCACAAUGACUACCCCGAAGACUGGAAGAAGUUCUCUGUUCUGUUCCCGGCAAUUGACAUCGGAAACCACAACCCGAAUGCUCGCGUGGAUUGGGCUUACGACCCUGAUUGCUUCAGUCUGACGGUCUCGGAGAAGAUCGAAUCUGGCUCACAGGUAUACAACAACUAUGGUCCCAAGUCAAGCGAGGAGCUGUUGAUGGGCUAUGGCUUCUGUGCGCCUAACAAUCCAUAUGACGGACUACUCUUGGCGAUGAGACCUCCUCCGCCGCCGUUACAACAGAUGCUCAGUAUCACGCACCCCGAGUACUUCAAGGAAAGUGGUGAAUGGAACUCCGAAGCCGCAACGUUCCGUUUGCUGCACGCAAAACUGCAAGAGACAAAUGAUGCCAGCCCGUUCGAUCAAGCAUGGGGAUGUGUACCAGCACCUUUGGCCGAACUCUUCUGCUACGUUGUCCAACUCGAGAGAGGUCUGGAUGUCGCUCCUACCGAAGAUGCAGAAGAAUAUCUCUACCACGGCGAAGGCCGACGCUACCUACCUCGCAUCGCCCUAUACAUCAUGAUGUCGCUCAUCCCAAAAAUCAGCAAGCUCGAAGAAGCCAAUGAGAAGCUUCCCUCUGCACCAACAAAUCAUCGCCAAGCAUCUACAAAGAUCUACAGGGACUUGCAAUACGAGGUCAUAAACUCAGUACAAGAACGCAUGGCCAACUACCUCAAAGACCUACAACCAGAAGAAGUCUCGUCAGACGCUGGCUCUGCAGUCUGGACCUUCGAAGAUGCCGUCGACCUUCUCGAACUGGAGAUGCCAGCUGCACACAAAUCCUUCAUGUCCGGCGUCAAAUAUGUGACCGGCACAACAAAACUGCGCAGAUUGCGUGGCUCCGAGCACGAGGAAUACCUUUGGACCAUCCUCCUCUGCUUCCUCUAUCUCGCUUGCACCUCUCAAACCGCCGCUCCUGGCCUCAUAUCCCAGUGGAUUCAAUCCCUAGUCGCAGAGUACGGCGAACCCGACCUCCAGGCCUCAACCUCAGAUGACGACGAGACCGAUGAAGAAGCAGCAGAAUAUCUCGAUCGUGUCAAGAAGGCUGCGAUGUUCCUACCCGGUUCGUUGUGGACGAGUGAAGCUUGGUCAGCAGACUUUGUGCUGGAUUUUGGAAUGAGGAUCUCCAAGUCGCAGGGAACGUAUAUGGAUAUCGGAGAUGAAGAGGUAGGGGAGGAUGUGAGAUAUGUGGUUUAUCUGCAUGUUUGA